AUGGCGAACCGUCACCCCAAUGCUGCUCUUGAUCGUAUUCCGAUAGAGCUCCUGCUGAUCACCACGGAGGACAUGGACCGCGAGACUCUGAAGACUCUGACUCUCGUCUGCAAGAGACUUCGGCUGGUCUUCCUUCCCCAGACUGCUUCCAGAGUCACAGUUACCGGGAAUGUGCCCCAGAUGACCUCAAGACUGGUGUCGCUCUUGAAGGAUCAUCCUCAUUCUCCAUCUGGGCCCAUGUCCCAACACGUCAAACAUGUCUUCUUCAAGCCAGAGCCAUCUCAAAUGAUCACGCCGUCUCUUCGAAUCCAUAGGCUUGUGGGUAGAUUCUGUCGCAAGGCGACCAGCCUCCAGAAGGUCACAGUGACUACCUAUGACUUCUACAAGGUGUUGGAGGCACAAGCUCCUCAUAUCAAGAGACUUGCGUUUGUCGAUCUCCGCAGGAUGCCAGAAACCGGACCCAACCCAAGACUGGCGACCAGGUUCCUGAACAAUGUCGGCAUCAACUUCAAGAAGCUUGAGUGUUCAGUUCUGGGCGAGUUUCUCAACCCCAAGUUUACAUGGGGACAGCAUCAAUUCCGAAAAGCCACGGAUAAGGUGGACCUAAACACCAUGAUCAUGAAGGUAAUCAUGGCCCUCAAGUCAAUGCCGAAACUGACCCGGUUUGCUUUCGUGCUCUCUGAGGACACACUCGGAACGCGCAAAUAUUGUAAUGAACCUGGCGAAUGGAACCCAUGGUCCACUGCACCAUGGGCGAAUCCAGAUGGAAUGUCUGAGUGGUACUCCAAGCUCGUCGGCAACAUGUCCAGCUUGCUUCCCCGUCUCGAGCAGCUCUGUAUCAGAGCUCAGCCUUCUGUCUACUGCCAUGGCGUCAGAAAGCCCGGGGAACCAAAUAUGGAGGUCACCUGGAAGACAGAUCAACAGGAAAUUGAUGACGAAUUCGAAAAUUUCUUCGCUUAG